AUGCGUUCCCUCAUCUUCCUGAGUCUUGCUGCGUUCUCGGCUGCCGCCGCUGUUGAUACUUCUGUUGCUCCGCUUCCUAUCGGGGAGGUUGGUUGGGAGGGCGUCGUCGUCCCGGGCCAGCCUCCGAUUCAGGUCUGGGGUGAUAGCUUUGAAGAUAUUGAAGCCAAGAUCCGAGUUGACCAUCCCGACUUCUCCAUUUACACCGAAGAGGUCCAGGAGGAGCCCGAGUCAUCCGGAAAUCCCUCCGAAGAGGUUGUUUCCCUACUUGCCAACGUGAACAAGGAUGUGUCCAAAUACAACUGCAACAGGGGCGGCUGGGUGUAUGAUUUCACCGCAUGGGAUGCCAUCGAAAAGGUGAAGAAGAUUGCCGGUAACAAGUGCAUGACCCGCGCGCGCAAGUGCGUCCGCCUGUCGUGUGUCAGCGGCACCGCCGUCGGCGUCUGCAACGACAACACGCACGAUAUCCACAUGCCGUGCAGUAUGGUCGGCAGAAUGGCCGAUACCAUCUACCGCAACUGCUGGAAGCAAGACACCAUCUGCGGCCCUCCUGGAGCGGGAUGCAUCGGCACGAUGCCUCUCACGCAAGGCCAGGCCUUUUCCCCCGGCGGCACCUGGAACACCAUCAUUGGUGUUUGCAGUUUCUUUGGCAACGGCGAGCGUCCUGUCAAGGCCUAA